CCGCGCAUACGCCCGUGGGAGCGCUUCAAGUACGCCGUUAGACAUAUACUCAACGACAAGCAGGGGCGGUUGUGGGUUGAGAGACUGUACAGGGAAGAGCACGGCAGGCCGCGCAUUAUGAGCGUGUAUAAGACUGAGGAUGGGACGUCGAGGCUCGAUUCUGUCAUCCAGCGCGGGUUGUCGCUCGCUGAUCCAGGUGGGAAGAGGAGGUGGUCGGCGCGCUGGCGCGAGGCGCAUCCGUCUGCUGCUGGGGGUGGGGGUGCGGAUGCGGAUGCGGAUGCGCAGGGGAGUGUGCGGGAUAUCGUCGAGGCGUAGCUUGCUCGCGACGAGACGUCCGAGGGUGGUAUGUUGGGUUGAUUUCGCGUGUGGGUUGGUUGCUGACUUUGUGUGGGGGGUAGUCGGUCGUUCUACACUGCCGCUUCAAUGAUCACUGCUUUGGCUGGGUACGAGUAUGACGACGGUUGUAUCGAGUACGACGACGGUUAUAUCGACUACGACGACGGUUACAUCGACUACGACGACGGUUACACCGAAUACGACUACGAUACUCACUCCCAGGAACAACACAACCCAGCCAUCAUCGACACCAUCACCCCACGAUUCAACUUCCAACUCUCACUCUCUAUUCCAUCGCGCACUCUGGUCUUGGACGCGUCUUAUACAUGAGAUUCAUAGCUGUUGUUUAGUCUUGGUAGAUAGACUUCCGUAGCAGCGUAUCUUCUCAUC